AUGGCUCCACAAAUAUAUAAAUUGGCAGCAGCUCAGGACAAGCACUUUCUGAUAUUUAUAAAGAAGAAGCCAGGGCAAAAGCUCUCAGCUGUCAAAGAAGAGUCUGCUAUAAUAGAUGAUACACUCUGUGGCUGCUGUUUAACAUUUAUGUAUAUGAUGUACAUUAAAAAGUCUUGUUCCCACAAGCAAGAAACUGUGAAGGCCUGCAUUAAUUGUGCAGGAGAUAAAAAAGCCUGUGCUUCUGUUUCUUCAGAGCUGCAGAAGAAAGUGGCAGCAUUGCUAUCUGAUUAUAAUGAUUUUCUCAGACUUAAGAAUGUGAUGCUCUGA